AAGAAUUUUAAACAAUUGAUUAGCUAAAUUGCUGCCGAUUUGAAAAGAAAUGUUGCAGAAACAUCUUCUCUCAACAGCUGUAGUUGAUAAGAGAAGCCACGUGUAACGUGUCCCUUGCCACGCGUAACUCUGCACGCAAAAGCAACGUGGCCGAACUCAUGAUCAACGGACCUUAAAGCGAGCUGGCUCGGGCAGCCUUCACUCGUCCAACCCCCACAAUCCAAAACGACUCAAACCGAAAUUAGCCAAGCAAAGCAAUAGAGCGAUGUAUCACCCACAAGUUCCAGGAAAGCCAACUCAGACUGCCACUUCCCUCCUUGAGACGGCCACUGGCACCAUCCAAGCCUUUGUCCCCGUCAAACAAAUCCAUCAACAUCUCUGCGCAUUUCAUUUCUAUGGGUACGACAUGACCCGUCAGGUCGAGGCUCACCAUUUCUGCGCCCAUCAAAACGAAGAAAUGCGGCAGUGUCUCAUAGACGACAGCCCUGAAGCAGAUGCAAAGCUUAUUGGAUUGGAGUAUAUCAUAUCGGAGAAUUUGUUUUUGACCUUGCCCGACAAUGAGAAACCGCUUUGGCACUCGCAUCUGUGCGAGGUGAAGAGCGGGGUGCUGUUCAUGCCAACAUUUCCUGGGCCAAUCGAGAGGCAGGACCUUGAUAAGGUUUGCAAGACUUACGGUAAAACGAUCCAUUUCUGGCAGGUUGACAGGUGCGACAAUCUCCCUCUUGGGCUGCCUCAGCUGAUGAUGGCUCUCACUAGGGAUGGCCAGCUCUGUGAUGAACUUGCCCGAGAUGUUGACAAGCGAUUCGGGGUUGCCUUUGCGAAUGAGAGGGCGAACCGAGCUGAGCUGACUGGUCCGACACAUGGGAUUCAUCCGCUGGCUAAUGGCGGUGGAGGAGGGCUCAAGGCACAACUAAGGGGGGUAGAUUGCAAGCCUUUUGAUUCCGUUCCCCGGGUCUUUGUCUGA